AUGAAGCAAGAAGAUAAACCGUCGCAGGUCCCGGACUUUGCGUCGUUCCAACAAAUUCUAUUGGCCAUGAAUCAGAUGAACAAUCUGAAUUCGAAUCCCGACAUGUUUGCUCAACUAUUCAAAUGUGCCAAGCCCGAGUCUUCGCCGAACUCGGCCGACACUGCCAAGAUCUUCAACAAUUUCGGGAUCGAGUCGUUGACACAGAAUUCAGAAGCCAAGAAAGACAGUGAUAAGCAGAGUGAGACUGAUACUAUUCCUGAUGAGGAACCUCAGUCACCUUCAGGUAAGGGGAGAAAAAAUUUUAAAAUUUCAAAUUCCAGAUGCCCAAAUGAGUUCAAACUCUCUAAAAAUGGCGUCUUUAUCACCAGACAACUCCCAUCACUUAUCUACAGCUUUUAAUGGUGGUCUAUCUCCCACAGCUAGCGAACUUGAUCAUGGUAGACGGAAACAAAGAAGAUAUCGCACCACUUACACUGGGUACCAGUUGGACGAGUUGGAGAAGAUUUUCAUGACCACACAUUAUCCAGACAUUUUUACUCGGUAAGUUACAAAAAUUUUAUUUUUAGUCGGGUUGAGCGGGGUAAAAUUGGGGAAAAUAGUUUGAAGUAUUAAAAUUUUUGAAAAAAACGGUAUAGUUAACUUUACCAUAGUAAAACGCAAAUAUAGCAGUGUAAAUUGACAUUUCUUUUACUAUAGUACUGUUUCCUAGUAUCUUGGGUAUCUUUUGAUACUAAAUUUGGCUAUUUUACGGCUCGGUUUUUUCUUGUUUUGACCGAUAUUAACCAUGACAUCAAAUUUUCGAACCAUUGAUAUGGGUAACUUUAACAUGGUAAAACUAGUACUAAAUAGUACAAAUUAGCAUCAUAUUGGCUAUAAUACAAUAGUACAGUAUCUUGGCUAACUUCUGCGUCCAAAUUCGACCGAUAAGGUUUGCAUUUUCUUAUGGUUUUGCUCAAUAUUAUCCAUAAUAUGAAAUUUUUGAAAAAUAGGUAUGACCUCUUUUGUCAUUGAAAAACUGAUACUAAAUAGUACAAAUUAGCACCAAAUUAACUCUACUAUAAUUCUCAAGUACCUUGGCCAUCAUUUACGUCCAAAUUCGAGGGCAAUUUAAUUUUUCGUUUACCUUUGUUUUGGGCCGAUAUUAACCAUGAUAUACAAUUUUUGAAAUAUUGAUAUGGGUCUCUUUACCAUAGUAAAACUAGUACUAACUAGUACAAAUUAGCACCAAAUUAACUCUCGUACAAUUCUCAAGUAUCUUGGCCAUCAUUUAAGUCCAAAUUCGGGCCAAUUCAAUUUUUCGUUUACCUUUGUUUUGGGCCGAUAUUAACCAUGGCGCGCGCUCUCUUAAUGUACAUGUUAUAAUGUGUAUUAUGCGCAAUUUAAUCUGAGAGCGGAUAUUAUUCGAAUAGGGAAUUUGCAAUUAUGCAUUUUACGCGCUAAUUAAGGGCACACCGGCGCGGCCAGGAAUGGUAAUUGGAGAAGGCCGGCGGGCACAAAAGAGGGGCUUGUUUUCGUGGCGGGACACGCAGACGAUACGAUUACCGGAAGGGGAUUGUUUGUUUUAGGUGGUUUGAAUCAUUGAAUUAGGCUUGUUAAGGGUAGUGUUGAUUUUUGGAUUAGAUUUAGUAAAAAAAAUUUUUUUUUUUAAUUUUUUGAAAAGCUCGCUCAGAACCCACUUUUCUACAAACUUUUUGACCGCGCAAAAAAUUAAUUAUCUACCCAAAAAAUGAUGAUUUUUGGCCAUAACAUUACUAUUUGUUAAUAAACUAACAAAUUGGUUUAAUAACAAAGCAAUUAGUCUGAUGUAAUCAGCUCAGUAUAAUAUUACUAUUGCCCGUAAUACUAUCACAGCUUAUGCAAAUAGAGUUAACGAGUUCCGAGAGCUGUUUUGGUGCAUCAAUAUUAAUAAUGAUGAUUUGUUACCUAUAUUGGUAACGACUUGUUCCGCCGGGAAGUUAAUUUGGGGGAGGGGGGUGGGGAUAGUGUUUUUGGUAUAGUGUGAUUGUUACAACACUACAAAUUACCCUACCCUACCUCACCCUUCCUUACCCUACAUUACCCUACCGUACUCUAUCGUACCCUACUGUACUCUACCGUACACUAAUGUGCCCUACCGUACCCUACUGUACCCUACCCUAAUAUUCUUUGUCUUAUUCUACCUUGCCUUACCGUACCCAAUCCUAUGUUACCCUGCCAUGUCCGAUUCUACCCUGCCGUGUCUUAUUGUGCCCUGCUUUGUCAUAUUCUACCUUUCCCUAUCCUAUUCUACCCUGCUCGUUUCUAUUCUACCCUGCCCUGUUCUAUUAGGUGCCGACAUAAAGAACCCGCCAUACUUUCACUGUAAUGUCCUGUAAAAAAUGGCGGGUUCUUUAUGUCGGCACUUAAUAUUUUACCUUUCAUUGGCCAUUUCUACCUUGUCUUGUCCCAUCUUACCCUGCCCUGGCCUAGUCGACUUUUCUUUGAUCAAUUCUACCCUGCUUUGCCCUAUCCUAUCCUAUUCUACCCUACCCUACCAUUUUUAUACCUAAACAUAAAAUUUGUUACCUAAAGCUCAAAAAUUUCGAAAUCAAAAACAUCUUUUUUAAAAAUUUUAAAAAUUUCGCUGCCAUUUCAAAGUCCUAUGAUCAUAUCCUGACUUAUGUCUUUUUGAAAUUCGACGACAAAAGCGGCGGGCCAUAAAUCCGGCGACAAUUAUUGAGCGCGCGAUAACUAAUUACCUUAAUAGAGAACCGUGUUACCGGGCAGGUGUGUUUCGUUUGAUUUAUAUUUUCUUUUCGGCUCUGGCUUCGGGUAACUUGUAUGUUUGCACUAUAACCCAAAGUCAGCCAAUUAGGUCGUUGGUAGAGCUAUUGAGUGAAUAAACUUUGGCGCAACCGGAACAUUCAAGGAUAACAUGGUUAAUAUUGAGUGUAACACGGGGGAAACGUAGGAAAACAUGGUUCAAACUGAACUGAAAUAAUGUCAAAAGCCCAAACAUGAUAUGAAAAUUAAAAAGCGGUCCAUAAAUUCAUAGAAAACUACAAAAUUUUAGUUAAAAAUGGCAUUUUUUCCAAAUUUUUCCACUUUUUCUGACAUAUAGUACCUAAAAUGCUUGAUUAGACUUUGUUAUUACCUAAAUUAAAAGAUUUUUUUUGAGAAUUACAGUAGACAACUUACUUUACAAUUUAAAAUGCAUUUUUAGUGAGUUUCAAUAUGAUAUAUGAUUAAAAAUGGCAUUUAUUUGCAACCGAAAAAUACCUGGAGUUUUUUGUUAAGGAUUGCUAACAAAAAGUUCCAGUGAUUUUUCGGUGGCCUAAAAUUGACCGAUGUUCAAAACGUUUUGGGAAAAAAAUUUAUAGCAAAAAAAAGUGAAAAAUGACUUUAAAUUUUAAAACUAAAUUUAAAUUUUUUUAAAAUCACGCCUUUUGCCAUUAAUCAACCCCCAUUUUCAGCGAAGAACUAGCCCAACGUCUCGACCUGAAGGAAGCUCGAGUUCAAGUCUGGUUCCAAAACCGUCGUGCCAAACAUCGAAAGCAAGAACGAUCUACCGGCCACCCAUAUGCACCACCCGGUGGAGGCAUGACCCACCCCUCCCUAGCCCAAAUGGCCUCGUACCCAGCCUGGAUGUUGGCCCAGCAAGCCUCAUUCCUCGAGAACAUGCCCUACUUCAACUUGGCCAACCUGAACCAGGAGAAGACGGCCGACGCCGACAAGGACAACAACAACAUGGGACAAUUCCAGCAACUUUUGCAACAACAACAAUAUGCAAAUUACUUUUUGAAUUCGCUGCUUAUGCAAAAGCAGCUGAACCCGGCUUCGCCCACUUCCGCCGCUAGCCAAAAUGCGUUCGUUUUCCCGCCAACGGCUUCGCUUUUGGGCCAAAUUAGCGAGGCUAGUACUCCAAACACGUCCACGCCCAGUACUAAUGGAUCUAACAAUUUGGUACCAAACAACACCAGUACCGGGCUACCGAACAGUAUCAGCUCCCUUUUACCCAAUGCUUCCGGCACUAUUUUACCGAAUAGUACUGGUACCAAGCUGCCAAGUGGUACGAAAAGCGUGGUACAAAAGGAGAAUAGUACCGUGUUGCCAAACAGUACGAAUGAGUUGCUAAAGUCAGGUUCUAACAACUUAUUGACCGCUUUUUUGGCCGCAAACCAGCUGAAAUCCGAGGAGAAAGAGCCGGCUGUCAAAGAGGAACAGGACGUGGAAUCCAAGUCUGGGUCUAUUUCACCAAAUCGCAACUAA